CAGCUUUCAGUGAAAGCUUUCUGUCUUCACUUUUGGCACCUUCUAGCCCUCUCCCACCACUCUGAUAGGCUGAUGGGUGACAAGAAGAAGGCUGGAGCUCUUUUUGUGAGGCUUGUUUCAGCUGCUGGAACUGGAUUCUUCUAUGUAAAGAAGAAAACCAAAAAACUUCAGACGAGUCAGACGAAGCUUGAAUUUAGAAAGUUUGAUCCUCGUGUCAAUCGUCAUGUUUUGUUCAAGGAAGAAAAGAUGAAGUGAUACAAAAGCACUUGUACCGAACCCUCUUUAACAUUUGCCUUUCCUUUGCAACAACCAGACUUGAAAUUAGAUAAAAGAAACUUGUACCACAACAACACGGUUGUUGUUGAGUGAAACAUUGUUACUGAAGAACGACUGAAUGAACGAAUCAUAUUUUGUUUACUGCAAUAACCUUUGCUCUCCUAUUACAGGAAAUUAGCUAAAAGAAACUUCUCAUGA